AUGAAAUACACAGCAGCCACCACAUUCGCUGCAGUGGUUUCCGUCGCUUCGGCACAAUCGUCGUACGGAGGAUGUGCGCAAGGUGCCUAUUACGGUGGCCUCGAUCUGGGUGCGGACCGAGCCAGCUUGCGCACCUAUCUGGGAAAUUUGUUGCACGAUACCCAUCGGGGCAUUUGGCCUGGAACCAAUGUCAACGAACCGGGCGUCGCCGAUACCUGGGCAGCUUUGAUGGACCUAGAUCAAGGUUCCUUUCCAGGACAAGUUCGUCUCUUGUAUGCUCAACAAGACGUCGAUGCGGUUCCGUUUGCGGGAUCCAGAGGAUGGACCAAGGAACAAAUCUUUCCCAUCAACCGAGGAGUGGGAGUGGAUGGAAUCGAUUUGAAUGAUCUUCACAAUUUGAGGCCCACUACCUAUCUUUCCAACGUGGUCCGUGGAGACAAGUACUUUGGAGAAUGUGGCAUUUUGACACCCGCAGAAACCUGUGUCAACCCUGCCGAAGGAGGAACGGAAGGAACUUGUACCUGCAAUCGCAUCUACACACCUCCACCAGAGGUGCAGGGAGACAUUGCCCGGGCACUCAUGUACAUGGACCUUCGUUACGAUGGAAGAGAUGACAAUACCCUCAACCUACGAUUGACCGAUUGUCCCUUUCAACACGAACGUGACAUGGCCUAUCUCAGUCAAAUGAUCACAUGGCACAAGGCAGAUCCACCGGAUGAUGCCGAACGGGCACGCAAUGACAAAGCCUGCGGAACCUGGCAAGGAAAUCGCAACCCUUUGGUCGAUUUCCCCGAAUUGGUCGAUCUCUUGUGGGAUCCGCCACUUCCACUUCCCGCCAUUGGAGAACGACAAAUCUACGAGGCCUGUGAAUUGAUUCCGACGGAUCCGCCCACGUUGGAACCAAAUCAAUGCGAGCAAUUGCUUCCGGGAGAUAUUUACUUUUGGCUCAUCAACAGUCAGUCUCCAGCGACUCUGGGACUAUUCGCCUUUGUGGAAAUGGAUCCUGGAUUCAAAUUGUUCAUGACCACCAAUCCGUGGGAUGGAGAGAAAUUCAAUACGAACCAAGGUGGCACUGUUUCGUUGGAAGUGCCAGGCGAUGGUGUCGAUGGUGGAACUCCCUUUGGAUUUGGAGAAUCGGCACUACUCUUUUACAACAGUUGGUUGUCCGAAUCCGGUGCCUUUGAACCAUCGUCGGAUGGACAACCAAUCUUUUUGUACUGUUUGGACAACUUUGAUAAUCCACGACCCCUCUUGGCCUUUUUGUAUGGAAAUUCCAAAUUCUCGGCCCCGGGACAAGCAAGUUAUCCCACGGGAGAAUCCGCACGACCGGAAUCGUUGGGAGAGUUGGGAGUCAUCAAGGUCGCUCCUGGAUUUUCCAAUGCGGUCUUUAACGAAGACGUCGAUGGAUAUGCCAACGAUGAACUAAAGGCUAUCAUUCGUGAUCCUGAUAGCUGGAAGGUUUCCAAUGAAGAUCGAUUUGGACCAGCGUCGUCGGCAACUAUUAAUACAACCACAUCAAUAGCCAUGGUGGUGAUUGGAGUGAUCACACUUGCCACUUCGUCGUUUCUGUAA